AUGAAGUUCGCCACUAAGGACUUUCCGUCUUCUUUCUUUAAACAAAGUUCACACUACUUUUUUACUCAAUAUGAUAGUCCAAAUGUUUCCAAGAGAAAUGUAUAUGUUUUGAGAAACGUAUUCCUAUGGUUGGUGUUGAUCAAUAUUGUGAACUUUUGCAUCAGUAUUCGUUACAAUUUUGGUAGAGUUGACCUCGUUCGAGUCCUUUCCGGAACCAAGAUGAGUUCAGGGACCUCAGGAAGGGAAAGUAACUUUGAAGAUAUUUUGGUGGGCAUGUACUUGAGAAAUGAAGAGUUAUACUUCGAAAAUAUUGAUUACACUACAGUGAUCGUUGAAGUUUUGCUACACAUAAAUGGACGUGAAAUCUUCUUGGUUUUGAAAGAAGGGUUUUAUCAAUCAGAAUUCUUCAAAGAUUCGAGUAAGCUCACCACUGAAACCAUUAUCAAGGCAAAUCUACCACACGAACCAAUUUUAUUUCAUUUGGGGCAAGUUCGACAAGCCAUGUCUGAAGUAUUGGGGGCGCAUUUGCAAAGGUUAUAUGGAAACACGUUGGCAUUGAGUUGGGAGAGAAAGAUAACAAUCGCGUACACGAUCUUGGCCAUAUUCAGACUGAUUAUUUUCAUCGCGUCAUUGUGCUUAAUGGUAGUGUAUGCCGGAUUGUACCACACGCUGAAAUCCUUAUCUCGACACUUUGCAAAAUUGAGUACGCUUUAUAUCUUAAACUUGAUCAAUUUGGCAUCAUGUGUGGGGAUACUUAUCAGUUGGCUCCAGCUAAAUCCCCACAAAAAUUUCCAAUUGAUCUUUCUUAUCACCGAAUUGGUGUCCAUCUUGGUUUUCAAUCUCGUUUUCUAUCAAAGUCAUCGAGUCAUAAUGAAUAAGUCGGAAGUUGUUUAUAGCACCCUGUCGUCAAACUACUCGGCUGAUGAAGCGCAAAAAGGUCCAGUUCACUGCAAACCCAACGAUUCUCCUCCAACCAACGAAGGGCUAACUGGAAAAACAGUCACUAGAACCUUUCCUACAGAAAGCGACUUUGUAAAGCAAAGAUACAAUCAGGACACAAAUGCAACGCGAUGCCUCACUGCCCCAAUCAGAAGUUCGACAAAGUGGCAAUAG